AUGAAAAGACCUACAGUAGUGCACACAUUUUUAACUGCUGCAUUAUACAAUGUGACAGUCUAUGCUGAGAACCAUGUGGGAAGAAUUAAGGCAUCUACCAGUAUCUCUGUGCUCUACAGAAUGCAGCCGGUUUAUAUCCUUACAGAACAGGUGGCAUAUCCAACUGACACCAAUAUUGUUUUCCAAGCUGUGACAGCUGAGGCAGAUCCUUUGGAGUUUAUAUGGCACUUUGGAGAUAAACCCCCUGAAAGAACAACUUCACGGAACAGAACAACAAAAUAUUCUUUGCCAAACAGGUAUAAUGUGAUAGUGAAUGCUUCCAACCGGAUAAGCUCCUUUAUAUCAGACGUCUACCUAGUCAUCAUACAGAGGAAGAUAAUACCAAACCGACUGGUGUCUGUUGCCUCUGGUGUGGUUUUCUCCAGCAUAGCUUUUGAGUGUAGGAUAAACACUGGUACAAAUGUCACAUAUUUCUGGAACUUUGGAGAUGGCACUAUGAAACUCGGAGACAACAAAGUUAAUCAUGUGUAUGACAGGGAGGGGGAGUUCACAGUGGAAGUGAAGGCCUUUAAUCGUGUCAGCUCGGCCACAUUGUCAAGACAGAUAUUUGUCGUGCAGACAGCAUGCCAGCCUCCGUCAGUUAAAAGCAUGGGCCCACCAACACUCCAGGUGAGACGAUACCAGCCCAUUCAUCUCGGUAUUACCUUUGAAUUUACAAUUGAGUGCAACAUCUCCCAAGGUCUCUUGUACAGCUGGACAGUUCUUGGUUCUGGAGGCUCUAAAGUGCAGCUACCUCUCAUCGAUACUAAAAAGCCAACAAUACUCAUUCCUGGUUAUUCAAUGGAGUAUGGAAAUUACACUGCUGUUGGAAAGGUCCAAGUUGCUGGGAAUAUUGUGUACAGUAAUUAUACAGUACCUCUGUCACUGGUCUCUUCUCCACCAGUCAGCAUCAUUGCAGGAGGUACAAGUUUGUUCCUUACCCGAAAAGUAGAUUCCAUGGUGAUACUCAAUGGAUCGUCAUCCUAUGACCCUGAUAAUCCCCAUGCAGAUCUACGGUUCUACUGGAGCUGUACAGCAGUUAGUGGUCUUUCAUCAGGAUGUUUUAAGCCAGAAACCCUUAACCCUUUGCAUAACAAUACCCCUGUUAUCUCAGUGCAAACAAUCCAUCUUGACAGUACUUUUGACCAGUUUAGGUUCACACUGAUUGUCGGACAUGGAAACCGCAACUCAUCAGCUGAUCAAGUCUUUGUGAACAUUAUGUCAAGUUUUCGACAGAGGCUAGUGAGGAUUUUUUGCAUGGACUGCAGAGGACACAGGAUCAACUGGAACCAGGCUUUCUCUGUCAAAGCUGAGUGUGUAGAUUGUCCUGAAGAUGUGCCCCUUAUUUAUUCUUGGACUCUACUGCUAGUGAAUGGGACUGAUACUAAACCUGCAGCAGAUCUGUUUUGCUCAGUUCCUGACACUGGUACUCCAUCAAAUCUAAUUCAUAUUGUUUCACCUGCUGGAUCUUCAGGUAACACAUCUCCUGUACCGCCAUCUAACUUGGAAACCACCAUUAAGAGCAGCACACUAACUACCAGUACUAGGAGUUCGGUCAUAGUUCCCCCAUUUCUCAGGACCACACCAGCUGUAAUUCCUUCUCUGCACUCCACUGCUAAGACUGGGGGAUCACCAGAUAUCUCUAGCCCUGCUGCCACCAAUGCUUAUUUGUUAGUAGAUUCUAAACCGAUGAGAACAACUAUUCCGGUGAUGCCUCCCUUAAUUCCAGAAGAGGACACUUCAGUUGGCAGACUGCCCAAAAAAAAGAGGUCUCUUCAUGAUUUACUAACUGGAAAUGUCUCCAACCACAGGCCAUCAGGUAAAAGCAUUCACAAUGUUUUAAUAUUUCAAGUACAUUUUAACAUUUUGAUGUGUUGUGUUUUGGAGUUUUCAAUGGCAAGUGGAAGCAAUUGUUUGGGAGAUACCGAGCAGGAUGGGGCUGACUCGCAACUGCCGUUAUUUUCUCUAGACAGUGAGCGAGGUUGUUUCAGGACUGGCAACACGCAGAAAGAAAAUAAUGAAGGAGAUCUUACGGUUUUAGUCAACCUUUUACUGAAAAAAGUUGAAGCGUUAACACAGAAAGUUGAUCUGUGUACGCAAAGGAACGCAAAUUCUAAUCCGGGGUCUGUCCACCUAGAAGACGCUAUUUCGGAUGGUACACCAGGACUUCCUGUUCCUGUUCCUGUUCCAGUGGCAAGACCGUCUCUUAAUCAUGGGUCCAUUGAAGGGACAUCAAAUUUACGCAACGAAGACCAUUUAAGGGUAGGGCAGACCGUAAACACUACCAACAUGAUGCAAGGGCAAACCGAAAUGUGUUUAGAACCUCGGGUAACACGUAAUUUACCUGGCGAGGAUUUUAACAACACUCAGCAUGGUGUAAAUAUGAUGAAUCGAUCUAGUAGUUCUGCUGAGAACUGUUUACCCUCUAUGGCCAACUUUUUGGGUAAGAAAGAUUUUUUUGUUGUGGUUAAUAGUGGAGAACAUGACCAUGGUAAUCUGGGUACUCCUGCAUCCACGUUUAUAGAUAAUUUAAAUGAUUUUGAUAACAAAUUAUUUCGCUGUAAGAAGCUACAAUUGGAAGUAGCUUAUUUACAGCAAUGUAUAUCUAACAAAGUUGUGCCAAAGGGCCUAAGACAAUGGCGUUACCCUGCAGGUCUUCUCAAAUAUUCUACCUACCAUAAAGAAUUAUUGCACUUGUUUGAUAAACAAGGCUUUGAGUUUAUAGCAUCUUUGAUUAAUUUUUAUGAAGCAGACAUUGUCAGCCUAAAACAAGAAUUAGAAAUUUUGGAAAGAUGCCUGGUGCAGGACAAUGAUUUUGGGAGGUACAAAUAUGACUACUUAAGAAUUUUUUCAAGCAUUGAUGCAUCAAUUUCCAAAUUAGUGUCAUAUAAAAAGCGUAAAAUGGAUAGGGAUACAGCGGACUAUUCCAACAACAAAGCUUAUCCCCCUCCCCCUUCAGUUUUAACUAUUGACCCUCCUCUUAUUGACUUUUUCUCUCGAGGGUUAACAUUUGUACCAGAGAAAAGGUGCGAUUUAGUGAAAAUGUUAUUAGAUUUUAAGUUGUAUGUACGUAACUUAAAUCUAGCAGCUACUUUAGGGAAUACACCAGGGUUGUUGAACCCCUUAAGAGUAUCUAGUGUGUUUAACCCUCCAGUUACUGGUACACUUGGCAAUUUUGAAAAAAUGUGUGAACUUGAUUUUAGACAAAUGUUUGGUAAGAAGUACACUAACACUAAUUUUAGAAGUAACAUAUCCAAAUAUGAAUUGGAUUGUAUCACACUUCUUAAUGAAUGCCGAGUGAGAGUCAUGAAACCAGAUAAGGGCGGAGGACUUGUCUUUAUGGAUGAAAGUACCUAUGACAAUAAAAUGCUCGCCCUUUUACAAUCAGAUACUUAUAUGGUGGCAAGUGUUAAUGAAUUGAACACAGCAUAUAAGAAAAUUAGACAAACACUAGAUGAUCUCUUUUUGGAAAGUAGUAUUGAUGGUGACACCCUUCAGUAUCUUACUAUGUUAGCACCAAAAAUCCCUACAAUUUUUGGCACACCAAAAAUACAUAAGAACUUGUUGGACCCUCCACUAAGACCCAUUGUGGAUGGUAGAGGGUCCAUUACAUACGUGUGUGCCAAAUAUAUAGAUAAUUUGUUAAAACCUUACAUUAACAAAGAAAUACAAAUUUGUAGGGAUUCAUGGGCCUUUUUGGAGAAUCCUAAUAACAUAGAAUUCAAUUCUGAUUUUAUCUUCCUGGUUGUGGAUGUAAAAGACUUAUAUACAGUUAUUCCACACCAGGCGGGAAUUGAAUGGACAUGUGAUUUCCUGUUAGAGAGGAAGGCAUCCAAUGAAGUAAUAUACUUAGUAGAGGUUCUGUUAGAAAUGGUGCUGAAAAAUAAUUUUCUGCUUUUUAAAAAUCAGAUUUACUUGCAGAAGACAGGCAUAGCAAUGGGCUCCCCGUGUGGCUGUAGUUUUGCCAAUAGUGUUAUGGCCCAUUGGGAGCAUGAACAUCUCUUAAACUGUGACCUGUUUAAAUUACAUGUCACUUGGUACACUAGGUACCAAGAUGACAUGUGUUUCAUCUGGAAAGGUUCACCAGAUAUUAUACCUGAAUUCAUUGAUUACAUCUCGGGUACAACAAGUUUCCUCCUCGAAUUUACAUAUACAAAACCUACAUAUUCAAAUAGCUAUUUACACUUCACUAGUUGCCAUCCCUUUCACCAGAAAAGGAGUGUUGUAAAAGGGCAACUUGUUCGGGCAGCAAGGAUGAUUUCAGAAGAAGUUGAUUUCAUGGAUGAAUGUAAUAACAUCUUUAACAUGUUUCUUUCUCGUGAUUAUCCUGAGAACCUUUUAGAUGAAAUCAUCCGUGAAGUGCAGUGUAAGAGAUUAGAAGGACAUUUUAAACCCUUACUAGGUGGAGGGAUUAUGAAUAGAACUGGUACUGCACGUAAUAUAAUGACAUCUUCUUCCCUGUCUCCUCACAUCAGCUUUCUCUUCACUUUUUGUUUUGAUCACAAUGUUAUCAGAAAUGUGGUGUCCAAAAACUGGAAGUUGAUCCUUGAGGAUAGGAGCCUUGUAAAAUCAUUAGGCACUUGUCCCAAAUUUACAUACAGAAGAGGACUUAAUUUGAAGAACAUGGUAGAAAGAUCUUCGGGGGGACCCAAAAAUAAAACAGCAGGUAGAGAGGACCUACGUGAAGCUCAAAGUUAUAGCACUGCCAAUAGCAGUGCAUGUACUGAACCACAUCUCGAUGAAGAGUUUCCUGAUAUUUCUGAAGGAAUAGGAGAUGAUUUGGGACAAGGCUUUGAUGACAACUACACAGUUGAAGAAGGCAUACCUUCUGGAGGCAGACCAUCAGGUACUGGAUCAAGAGGUGGAGGCUCUGCUGAUGGAACAAGUUCUGGUUCUGUGAGUGGCAGCAGUAGUGGUGGGGAUGAGGUUAUUAAUGAAAGCAUUCCUACUAAUGUGGAGACACCAUUAACGAUCCUGCAGUGGGAUACAAAACCAAUCGACACACAGACCUUUCAUUCAUAUACUGUAUCAGGCACAUCAUUACCAACAGUUACGUUCAGGCCCUUUGUGUUACAGAGCAACAAAAUGUAUAAACUGGAAGUUUCCAUAGGUAAUGGACAGGGUAAGCUGGGGAAGGCACAGCUGUUUUUCUCUACCAAUGAAUCACCACAUGGAAUGACAUGUCAAAUACAACCCAGCAGAGGUUAUGAGAUUUAUACUACCUUCAGCAUUUUCUGUACAUCAGGCAAAGAGGAUCUUCAUUAUAAAUUUAGCUACAGCACUGGAAAUUCAACUAAAAUAUUGUACCAAGGUCAUGAUAUCCAAUACUACUUCAAACUGCCUGCAGGUGACUCAAGUAACGGAUACAAAGUUACAAUUUUCACAGAAAUCGCCAACAGAUAUGGUGCCAAAACCAAACCAUGCCCAGUCAGCAUCACUGUGUUACCCAGCUUCCACAGGAAUAUGACUUCAUAUCUGGAUGAAAAUCUAAAUAUUGCUGGACUGCAUAAUCUUUCUGUCCUUGUCCUGAUGGGGAAGAACUUAGAGGUCAGGAAUUAUAUAUACCUCCUUACCAAAGUGCUGAAGCGUCUACAGCAAGAGUCUAGUGAAGUAGAAGACCAAUGCAGGGACACACAAAAUGCAUUGCUAACUACCCUGUGUAGUUUGGAGAUUGGGGACCAGGAUGAACUAACUGAUGUUCUAGCAACUCUCCAUGAACUUAUGAGCAUUCCAAGGCAGGUGACUGUUGAAAGUGCACUGUUUGUCACUAGCAAGAUCAGAGAGUUUUCCAAGCUCUUCAGUGAUCCUCUCAUCACUCAAGACUUCCUGCUGGAUAAGGAAAUUACAGAGAAACUCAUCUUCCUGCUGUCAACUUCUCUAGCAGCAUCUGACAAAAAGCAGGAUUCUUCAGUAGAGCUGGUCUCCGAAGGAAUCAGAACAGCAGCAGAUAUAGUUUUGAAGUACAUUGUGUUCAGUGAUGAGUCCCAUUUCAAUGUUAGCACAAGUCUGAUGGACCUGAAGACUGCACAGCAUUACAGCUGGAGUGCCACAGUGAGCAGCGUUGGCUCUGUCACAUUCUACCUUGCCAAUCUCUUUGACAACCACAUCGCAGGGAGAAAUGCAUUGCAUGGGAAAUGUUACAUUAGCCAACUCAUCCACUUUAAGGAAAAUCCAUACUUCUGGGCAGUAGCUCCAGUUCAGGUCAGUGGGAAUAUUGCAGAUCUAAGUCUCUAUAACUGCACCACCAGAAGGAAAAUCAGUGUAAAAGGAUUAACAACCCCAAUUGUAAUAGAAUUUGAAAAGGAAAACAUCUUGAAUGAAUCUGCAUUUUCCCUGUUCCACAAACGGAUGAACAUCCACAAAUUCAAUGUUUAUCUUGAGAACCUGAGAGAGACACUUCAGAUAACACUGGAAUUUUCUGUACCAACGGAAAAAGCCUUCCCCAUAAUGCUCUUACUGAGGUUGUUUGAGAAGCCUACUCCAACUGAAUAUAAUCUUAAAAGAAUUCACAACUGGGAAAAUAACACCAUUCAGAUGCUAAUACCUGCAGAGUCUCUUAGAGGUGCAGGACCUUACUAUCUGGCUCUGUUGGAUGCAGACUACUCCCGUACAACUAAAAACAAGUACCUCGCCAGUGUUGUCAACUACACAGUUGACAUUCAGUGGAUACAGUGCCUUUACUGGGAUGGCAUCAGACAGUGGAAGACAGAUGGUUGCAGUCCUGUACAAGGCUCAACACUGACAAAAAUAAACUGCAGCUGCAGCCAUCUAGCAACCUUUACUUUCGCAAAUCGAAGAACACAUAGUGAUUUUUCAUCUUUGGACAUUGCUGUCUUCAUUCACAUAACUGAAAACUUUGUCCCUGGUAUCAUAAGCAUUCUGGUCCUUGUGCUGUACAUCUUCCUUAUGAUCAUCUGCAAAUGCAUAGACCGGCAUGAGGAGAAGAAAACUGGUAUUGUAGUGCUGCAGGACAACAGCCCAACAGAUCAUCAGCUGUAUGCAGUCAUCAUUGACACUGGCUUCAGAUCCAGAGCAAGGACAACAGCUAGGGUUUACAUUGUUUUGUAUGGAGAAAAUGGAGUAUCUGAAACUCGAGAACUGUACUGCGCAGAUAAGCCACUGUUUGAAAGAAACUCUAGACACAGCUUCCUUAUGAGCACAACCAGGAGUCUUGGACCAAUUUGGAAAGUCCACCUUUGGCAUAACAACAGUGGGUGUUCUCCUAGUUGGUACAUCAGCCACGUGAUUGUAAAAGAUCUGCUUAAUGGUACUAGUUGGUUCUUCCCAGCAGAAUGCUGGUUGGCAGUAGAUGAGGGUGAUGGCAAAGUUGAGCGUGAACUGACCUCUCUUAACCAUGGACUUGGUUUUAAAAAGCUUUUGUACUGCAGGUUUUCAGAAUACCUGGAGGACUUCCAUAUGUGGGGUUCAGUGUACAGCCGUCCAUCACACAGCCAGUUUUCCCAUACCGAGCGUCUAACAGUGUGUUUGCUACUGCUGCUAGGAUACAUGUGCAUCAACGCCAUACUUGUACAUCUCAAAAAUGAGGAGAUGCCAGUGUAUGCAAACACAUAUCCUGAGCUCCUGAAAGCAUGGCAACAGUUAAAUUUAAAAUUGAGCAGAGACUAUAUGGUUUUGAUGAAUGAACACUUCAUAAAUAUAGAGAAAGAACUCUCAAAUGAAAUCAUACAUGUGGGGAAUGAAUUAACCAGAUCUGCCAAUUUUAUGAGUGACGCUGGUUUAUAUCAGCUGAUGUUAAAUGGAAUGAACAUCUUGGACAAUAAACUACAGGCUACUAAGCAGCAUAAGUUGCAAAGAGACAUUAAUGAUUUCAGGAUUGGGCACAUCUUCUCAUGGCCAAAAACUUAUAUAGCUAAUAAAUCUCAUCCUAAAGAAUGCAAAAAAAUGAAUAGGAUGGAUGAAUUAGAUAGUUUUUCGGAAAUCAGACAAUUUGAAAAUGGUAAUAAAUCUUUAACCAAUAACACCUUCUACAACAGAGAUGGGCGUCUACAGACAAUGCAACAACCUGAUCGUAAUAUGGAGGAUAAUGCAGUAAAGGAGGUGGUUGGUCAGCAAGCUAAUAACAAUCAGUACACAGCUGAACUUGGUCUGAUCGAUGUCUCUGGUGUCUCCCUGGUAACCGGUAUAGUCUCAGCACUGGGAGUGCUGCCUAUCUCGUUGCUGAUAUCUGUCCUAUUUCGCUUCAUCAGGAGAAACAGAAUGCAGUCUACAGAAGAGACAUACAACACUACAAGAGGAUCUGACAUUUAUUCACUUGAAGCUCAUAUGAAUGUUUUACUAGCUGAAGACCCAACAUUUCAGUCCUACCUGUCUUGGCAUGACCUUCAGCAGUGGGCCAAGGAAGUAUGGAAGAAGAAAUAUGAGCAUGGGCUACCACCUUUACAUACCCCUAGUCUUCACCUGGACAGUUACUCAGAGGGAAGUAAGAGAGGAAGCUCAAGGCCUACCGAUGGAAGUAGCAGCGGCUUUGAAGACUGUAGCUCAGAAAGCAAUAGCAAAUCUGUUCCAAGGAACUGCAAAAGAAAUGUGGGCCUCCGAUCAGACUUCACAACAGAAUCCAGCACCUUGUUUGAACAACACACUUCUCAUGCUUGUAGUCUGUCUCUCCCUCCCUGGUGCAUUUACCUUGCCUGGAUCCUUAGCAUGUGUUUUGCUCUGACAUAUGUUAUCAUAACAGGAUAUUUGGGGUUUAGGUUUGGGCUUACCAAAUGCAUAUCAUGGCUGCACUCCAUUUUCUUUUCCCUUUUGUUUUGCAUAUUUGCUGUCCAGCCAGCUGUGAUUUUCAUCAUAGCUUUGGUGGUAGCAUGGAGAAAUAGAAACUGCUCAGAAGUGUAUAUGCGUACUUUGGAAACAGUUUGUUCAAAUGAAGAGAUCAAAAUUAUCAGAUCAGAGCCUGGAUGUUUUCUCAAAAGCAUCCAUCUUCAGACACCUGAGGAAGAUUCAGCUACUGAUCUUGAUAGGAUUCUUGCUGCCAGAAAAAGGGCACGCUACUUACGUCUAGCCCGUCCACCAAGUCCCAUGCAACUAAAAGAAGCCAGAGAUCAAAUCAGAAAAGACAGUCUGAUUCAGCAGACACUAAGGGAAUUCAUUCUUCACAUGCUGAUGCUGUUUUUGCUGUUAUUCAUAACAUUUGGAAAAUUCACGCAUAAUGAAUUCUACCUGAAUCAAGGCAUCAGAGCUGAAUUCACACAAAAUUCUAAGAUGCCUUUUAACGAGGUAAAAACUACUUCUGCAUGGUGGAAGUGGAGUUCCACAGCUUUACUGGAUGGUCUUUACGGGGAUGCACAACACAGCAGUCUUGAAACCAGGACACAGCAAAGUCCAUUAGGUGGAAAAUACCAUCGUAUCGGUGCCCCAAUUAUUAGAAAAAUACAAGUUGUGAGUAAUACUGCAUGUCAGAUUCCUCCUGUGCUUUCCAGAUGUUUUCUGGAUUGUAUGCCACCUUACAGCCCUUCGGUUCAACUCACAGAUGGUCCCAUUUCUAAGAGGACUGAGCAGAAUUAUCAGUGUGGGAAGCUGGAGUGCUAUGACAGCAGAGGCUCUGUGGUGGUUGCCCUUGGAAACACAAGAUCGGAGGCUCUCUCUAAUUUAUCACGAUUGAAGAAAGGCAAAUGGAUUGAUAGAAAAACAAGGGUGGUGAUGGCUGAAUUUACCUUGUAUAAUCCUCCAGCCAAUCUUUUCACUGCUGUAUCCCUAAUGGCUGAAAUCGCUCCAACCGGAGGCAUUGUUCCUUCAUUGUUUGUGGAAUCCGUCAGCAUCUGGCAAGUCACGUCAGUCAAAGAUUAUUUCAUCAUGGCUUUUGAGGGUGAUGAAUGUUUAUUGAUGGAGCUUUAUGCUAAAAUGAAUGUAGAAACGGAGUACCUUAAGUUUACUAUGGUUAAAUCCAGUGAAUUUAUAUCUUAUCUGGAUGUAUAUAUUGAAAGAUUAGAAAAUGGUGGUCUGAAUACAGGUGUACACAGGAAGAGCUGUUACCGUAAUAACUUCCUUCAUCGUAGCAGUAUGCACCCAGACCAUAUAUUCAGUAACAUCAUUAAAGGCCAAGCGAUGAGGGCAUCACGGCUGAACUCAGAUCAAUUUGGAUUUGAACAAGAAAUAAAUGUAUUAAAAAUGAAGCUAUUAAAUAGAUCAUAUACUUUGGAUGAGAUUAAUGUUGGUUUAGAAGAGAUAGGAAAAUUGAGAGAAGGGAGAGCACAUCCUUAUUUUGCAGAAGUGAACUAUAAGACAGAUGAAACAGAUUUAUUUGUUGAAAAAGGGAAUGAGCUAGCAUUCUUCACCCUUGUUCUCCUGCACCUCUACUUCCAGCUUUGCACUAUGAGUCAGAAGGGGGUCCUGAACUACUGGCAGGAGCCUUGGAACUGGAUAGAGGUGGCAGUGAUUGCACUCUGUCUAUUUUAUUAUACAUACUAUGUCCAACAUUUCAUUUUGGCCCUGGAUGUUAUUGAUCGUUUUCAAAGAGUCUACUUCCAGGAAUAUGUGGAUCUCCAAUUUCUUUCAUUCUGGAGCAAGAUGAUGCGCUGUUUGCAUGGAUUAAUUUUGUUCCUGUUACUUAUCAAGUGUAUUCAUCUUCUGAGAGUCCACAGAGUGAUGGCACCAACAUUUUCAGUGCUGCGGGCAUCUUCAUCCUGCAUCAUUAUGACAGUGGUGGCUGGGCUGAUCUUUCUUGUGGCAUAUACCUACACAGGAAGCUUACUGUUUUUAAAGGAUUCCUUCCCAUUCAGCACUUUUGUAAAAUCAUUCCAGACUCUCACUAUGUGCAUGAUGGGACUGAGUGAAAUGAAAACCCUGUCACUGCUGUAUAAGACACAUUCAACCCUGGUGACUUUAUACUUUGGCACCUUUGUCUUCACAAUGACAUUACUAUGGACAGGAAUGCUGAAAGGCAUUCUUACCUCGUUUGCAAAGGACACAAAAAAGGCAUCUCAUAGGCAUCUGAUAACAUUUACAGACAUUGUUGCCUAUAUCAAGGAAAGAAUCUUCUCAUUCAUUGGAUGGCAGGAAGAGAAAAAAACACAAAGAAGCACAAUGAUUGGCACAAAUUUUUACCUAGAUGAGUUUGAAACCUUGAUGGAUGAACUGUUGUUCAGACUGAAUGCCUUUUCAAACAGCCUUCACCAUUCUCUCCCAGUAAAGCAUACCAACUGCUUGCCAGAUGGAACAACCUUGGCAUCUCAUUCAGAGUAUUCCAGUUUUGAGAGUCCAGUCCUUACCAGUGAUGGAGUGCAACAGGUUAUCAGCCUUGACCAAGAACUGCUGACAAAAAAUCCAGGGUUGUCCAACUUGCUGCUUAUCGGGAAGGAGAACAGUUUGGGCAAAACUUUUCCUGAUCAUCAGAAAUUAAGGUCACAUUUUGAAGUAGCGGCAUCCUGUCAGCUUCAAAAGCACCAGAAAGAUCAUGCCCCAAGAGAGUCUGUUGGUUCUCAGGAAACAUACAGUCAGUCACAAUCCCAUAGCAGUACUGGUUCUGAAGUAAACCACAGCAAACAUUCUUCACUUACCUGUGGAAUGCUCAAUAUAUCCAGAAUUUCAAAUAAUCCACUGGAUGAAGCCUACAUACCCAAAACAGAAGGCAGUAAAAAUAAUACUUUCACCAGGCAACUUAACAUGACUGACCCCAAGCAAAUUAUAAGGUCUGAUCAUUACAACUUGGCAGUACUUGGGGACACUUUACCUCAUGUACUUUGUGGGACCAAGUGCCGUGAGAAGCUGGCUGCAGAGAUGUACAUGGAGAGAGAUCAUCGCUGUGCGUCUGCUACUACUUCCAGCAAAAGCCGCAAACCUCUCAAACGUUCUCAGACUAUAAUCAUCAAACCCCUGGAACAUUUCGGUAGGCCAUAUAGCACCACAGGAGAUCUCUGCAAAUUACCUCUCCAACACACAGAAGCUGUAGAAGUGACAGAAAAGCAAAGGCCUGAAUCCUUAAAUCAGUUGAUCAAUGCUGAGCUUUCUGCUAAUCUCAAAAUAAAAGAAACAAAGGAAAUGCAAUCUUGGCUACAAAAUGUCAAAGAUACAGAUGCGGAAGUGCAAACAAAGGAAAAUAAGAAAGCUGAAAGUAUAUACUGGAUAAAAGAGAAAGAAAGUGAAACAAAUGAAGACACAAACAUUCCAGUGGCAGUCAGGCAGUGCUGGUAGAUGGACUCAACAUAGUCCCCAAAUAAACCAAAAAGAAAAAGGUUUUAGAAAGACUAGCUACAGAAAAAAACAUAAGAUCACAGUGGGAUGUCAUGCUGAAAGUACAGUUGUGUACA